CAGCUGCAUAGCCCGCCCCCACAUUGAUGUCACUGACACUGGGGCUUCCAGGCCCAAGGUCCCUCCCUCUGGAGGGAAGGCCUUAGAGCAGGGAGGGGCAGGAGAGACAGGAAGGUUGAGAGAGGCACAGUCUUAACAGAUGCCCCCAAAGUCAGCUUCUCCACAAGACAGCAGCCAGGGCUGUGAGUUGUUCUGGACCUGUGACCCCACUUCCUGAGUGUCCCUCCUCCCAAGAGGGGACAGCUGGAAACAUCUGGAAAUCAGAAUCAGAUCUGCCAUCAGGACGCCUGACCCAGGAAGAUGGUGAUUCUUCAGCAGGGGGACUAUGUCUGGAUGGACCUGAGAUCUGGCCAGGAGUUCGACGUGCCCAUCGGGGCAGUGGUGAAGCUCUGCGACUCUGGGCAGAUCCAGGUGGUGGACGAUGAAGGCAAUGAACACUGGAUCUCCCCGCAGAACGCCACGCACAUCAAGCCCAUGCACCCCACGUCGGUCCAUGGCGUGGAGGACAUGAUCCGCUUGGGCGACCUCAACGAGGCGGGCAUCCUGCGUAACCUGCUCAUCCGCUACCGGGACCACCUCAUCUAUACCUACACGGGCUCCAUCCUGGUGGCCGUGAACCCUUAUCAGCUGCUCUCCAUUUAUUCCUCUGAGCAUAUCCGCCAGUACACCAACAAGAAGAUCGGUGAGAUGCCCCCCCACAUCUUCGCUAUUGCUGACAACUGCUACUUCAACAUGAAACGCAACAGUCGUGACCAGUGCUGCAUCAUCAGUGGGGAGUCCGGGGCUGGCAAGACCGAAAGCACCAAGCUGAUCCUGCAGUUCCUGGCGGCCAUUAGUGGGCAGCACUCCUGGAUCGAGCAGCAGGUGCUUGAGGCCACGCCCAUUCUGGAAGCCUUUGGCAACGCCAAAACCAUCCGCAAUGACAACUCCAGCCGCUUUGGCAAGUACAUUGACAUCCACUUCAACAAGCGCGGCGCCAUCGAGGGUGCCAGGAUCGAGCAGUACCUGCUGGAGAAGUCGCGCGUGUGCCGCCAGGCCCCUGAUGAGAGGAACUACCACGUGUUCUAUUGCAUGCUAGAGGGCAUGAGUGAGGACCAGAAGAAGAAGCUGGGCCUGGGCCAGGCCACCGACUAUAACUACUUGGCCAUGGGAAACUGUGUCACCUGUGAGGGCCGGGAGGACAGCCAGGAGUACGCCAGCAUCUGCUCUGCCAUGAAGGUGCUGCUGUUCACUGACACUGAGAACUGGGAGAUCUCCAAGCUACUGGCAGCCAUCCUGCACCUGGGCAACCUGCAGUACGAAGCCCGCACAUUCGAGAACCUGGAUGCCUGUGAGGUCCUCUUCUCCCCAUCCCUGGCCACAGCUGCAUCCCUGCUUGAGGUGAACCCCCCGGACCUGAUGAACUGCCUGACCAGCCGCACACUCAUCACUCGGGGGGAGACGGUGUCCACCCCGCUUAGCAGGGAGCAGGCAUUGGAUGUGCGGGAUGCCUUCGUCAAGGGCAUCUACGGGCGCCUGUUCGUGUGGAUCGUGGACAAGAUCAAUGCAGCCAUCUACAAGCCCCCAUCCCAGGAGGUGAAGAGCUCCCGCCGCUCCAUCGGCCUCCUGGACAUCUUUGGGUUCGAGAACUUCACCGUCAAUAGCUUCGAGCAGCUGUGCAUCAACUUUGCCAACGAGCACCUGCAGCAGUUCUUCGUACACCACGUGUUCAAGCUGGAACAGGAGGAGUAUGACCUGGAGAGCAUCGACUGGCUGCACAUCGAGUUCACUGACAACCAGGAUGCCCUAGACAUGAUUGCCAACAAGCCCAUGAACAUCAUCUCCCUCAUUGAUGAGGAGAGCAAGUUCCCCAGGGGCACAGACUCCACCAUGCUGAACAAGCUCAACUCCCAGCACAAGCCGAACUCCAACUACAUCCCCCCCAAGAACAACUAUGACACCCAAUUUGGGAUCAACCACUUUGCGGGCAUCGUCUACUAUGAGAGCAAAGGCUUUUUGGAGAAGAACCGGGACACUUUGCAUGGUGACAUCAUCCAGCUGGUCCACUCCUCCAGGAACAAGUUCAUUAAACAGAUAUUCCAAGCGGAUGUAGCCAUGGGUGCUGAGACCAGGAAGCGCUCACCCACACUCAGCAGCCAGUUCAAGCGGUCCCUGGAGCUGCUGAUGCGCACUCUGGAUGCCUGCCAGCCCUUCUUCGUGCGUUGCAUCAAGCCCAACGAGUUCAAGAAGCCCAUGCUGUUCGAUCGGCACCUGUGUGUGCGCCAGCUGCGGUACUCGGGGAUGAUGGAGACUAUCCGUAUCCGCCGUGCCGGCUACCCCAUCCGCUACAGCUUCGUGGAGUUCGUGGAGCGCUACCGUGUGUUGCUGCCCGGUGUAAAGCCGGCCUACAAGCAGGAAGACCUUCAGGGGACUUGCCAGCGCAUGGCCGAGGCUGUGUUGGGUGCCCACGAUGACUGGCAGAUUGGCAAGACCAAGAUCUUCCUCAAGGACCACCAUGACAUGCUGCUGGAGGUGGAGCGGGACAAGGCCAUUACCGACAGGGUCAUCCUCCUCCAGAAGGUCAUUCGGGGUUUCAAGGACAGGUCCAACUUCCUGAAGCUGAAACAUGCAGCUAUGCUGAUCCAGAGGCAGUGGCGGGGCCACCACUGCAGGAAGAACUAUGAGCUGAUGCGGUUGGGCUUCCUGCGGCUGCAGGCCCUGCACCGCUCACAGGAGCUGCACCUUCAGUACUGCCGGACCCGUGGGCGCAUUAUCCUCUUCCAGGCUCGGUGCCGUGCCUUCCUGGUGCGCCGGGCCUUUCGCCACCGCCUGUGGGCUGUGCUCACUGUGCAGGCCUAUGCCCGUGGCAUGAUUGCCCGUCGGCUGCACCGCCGGCUCCAAGCUGAGUACUUGCGGCGCUUGGAGGUGGAGAAGAUGCGGCUGGCUGAGGAAGAGAAGCUCCGUAAGGAGAUGAGUGCCAAGAAGGCCAAGGAGGAGGCUGAGCGCAAGCACCAGGAGCGUCUAGCCCAGUUGGCGAGGGAGGACGCAGAGCGGGAGCUGCGGGAGAAGGCUGAGGCGCGGAAGAAGAAGGAGUUGCUGGAGCAGAUGGAGAAGGCCCGCCAUGAACCUAUCAACCACUCGGACAUGGUGGACAAGAUGUUUGGUUUCCUGGGCACUUCUGGGGGCCUGCCAGGCCAGGAGGGCCAGGCACCUAGUGGCUUCGAGGACCUGGAGAGAGGGCGGAGGGAGAUGGUGGGCGAGGACCUGGACUCGGCCCUGCCCCUACCUGACGAGGAUGAAGAGGACCUCUCCGAGUAUAAAUUUGCCAAGUUUGGGGCCACCUACUUUCAGGGCACUAUCACCCACACCUACAGUCGGCGGCCCCUCAAGCAGCCGCUGCUCUACCAUGACGAUGAGGGCGACCAGCUGGCGGCCCUGGCAGUCUGGAUCACCAUUCUGCGCUUCAUGGGGGACCUGCCGGAGCCCAAGUAUCAUGUGGCCAUGAGCGACGGCAGUGAGAAGAUCCCAGUAAUGACCAAAAUCUAUGAGACCCUGGGCAAGAAGACCUACCGGCGGGAACUGCAGGCCCUGCAGGGUGAGGCUGAGGCCCAGCUCCCUGAGGGGCAGAAGAAGAGCAGUGUGAGACACAAGUUGGUACACCUGACCCUGAAGAAGAAGUCCAAGUUGACAGAGGAGGUGACCAAGAGGCUUCACGACGGGGAGUCCACUGUUCGGGGCAACAGCAUGCUGGAGGACCGGCCCACCUCCAACCUGGAGAAACUGCACUUCAUCAUUGGCAAUGGCAUCCUGCGACCGGCACUGCGAGAUGAAAUCUACUGCCAGAUCAGCAAGCAGCUCACACAUAAUCCCUCCAAGAGCAGCUAUGCACGUGGCUGGAUCCUUGUGUCUCUUUGUGUGGGCUGCUUCGCCCCAUCUGAGAAGUUCGUGAAGUACCUGCGGAACUUCAUCCAUGGGGGCCCCCCUGGCUAUGCCCCAUACUGCGAGGAAAGGCUCAGAAGGACCUUCGUCAAUGGGACCCGGACACAGCCACCCAGCUGGCUGGAGCUGCAGGCCACCAAGUCCAAGAAGCCCAUCAUGCUGCCUGUGACAUUCAUGGACGGAACCACCAAGACACUGCUGGCAGACUCAGCCACCACAGCACAUGAGCUGUGCAGUGCACUGGCUGACAAGAUCUCGCUCAAGGAUCGCUUCGGCUUCUCCCUCUACAUUGCCCUAUUUGACAAGGUGUCGUCCCUGGGCAGUAGCAGUGACCACGUCAUGGACGCCAUCUCCCAGUGUGAACAGUAUGCCAAGGAGCAGGGUGCUCAGGAGCGCAAUGCCCCCUGGAGGCUGUUCUUCCGAAAGGAGGUCUUCACACCCUGGCACAGCCCCUCUGAGGACACAGUGGCCACCAAUCUCAUUUACCAGCAGGUGGUUCGUGGGGUCAAGUUUGGCGAGUACCGUUGUGAGAAGGAGGAUGACCUGGCUGAGCUGGCUUCCCAGCAGUACUUUGUGGAUUAUGGCUCUGAGAUGAUCCUGGAGCGCCUCCUGAACCUGGUGCCCACCUACAUCCCCGACCGAGAGAUCACCCCCUUGAAGACAUUAGAGAAGUGGGCGCAGCUGGCAAUUGCAGCCCACAAGAAGGGCAUCUAUGCCCAGCGGCGGACAGAUGUGCAGAAGGUCAAGGAGGAUGUGGUCAACUACGCACGCUUCAAGUGGCCCCUGCUCUUCUCCCGUUUCUAUGAAGCCUACAAAUUCUCAGGCCCUAGCCUCCCCAAGAAUGAUGUGAUUGUGGCUGUCAACUGGACAGGCGUCUACUUUGUGGAUGAGCAGGAGCAGGUGCUUCUGGAACUUUCCUUCCCUGAGAUCAUGGCUGUGUCCAGUAGCAGUGCUGUGUCUCUCUCGCUCUUGCUGGGCUGCUCAGAUGCGGGUGGGACCAGCCUGAUGUCUGCGGGGCCCUGUUCUCCGUGUUGGUCCUGCAGGGGAGCGAAGCUGACAGCCCCCAGCUUCACACUGGCCACCAUCAAGGGGUACGAGUACACUUUUACCUCCAGCAACUCGGAGGACAUCCGUGACCUGGUAGUCACCUUCUUGGAGGGGCUGCGGAAGAGGUCCAAGUACGUGGUGGCCCUGCAGGACAAUCCCAACCCUGCAGGUGAGGAGUCGGGCUUCCUGAGCUUCACCAAAGGUGACCUCAUCAUACUGGACCAUGACACAGGCGAGCAGGUGAUGAACUCGGGCUGGGCCAAUGGCAUCAAUGAACGUACCAAGCAGCGCGGGGACUUCCCCACUGACUGUGUAUACGUCAUGCCCACUGUCACCCUGCCUCCCCGAGAGAUUGUGGCCUUGGUCACCAUGACCCCGGACCAGAGGCAGGACAUGGUGCGGCUCCUGCAGCUGCGGCCCCCAGAGCUUGAGGCACGAGCCAAGCCCUACACGCUGGAGGAGUUUUCCUAUGAUUAUUUCAGGCCUCCCCCCAAGCACACACUGAGCCGCGUCAUGGUGUCCAAGGCACGUGGCAAGGACCGACUAUGGAGCCACACUCGGGAGCCACUCAAGCAGGCAUUGCUUAAGAAGAUCCUGGGCAGUGAGGAGCUGUCACAAGAGGCUUGCAUGGCACUCCCACCUGUGCUCAAGUAUAUGGGUGACUACCCAUCCAAGCGGAUGCGUUCCAUUAAUGAGCUCACAGACCAGAUAUUUGAGGGGGCCUUGAAGGCUGAGCCCCUCAAGGACGAGGUGUAUGUGCAGAUCCUGAAGCAGCUGACGGACAACCACAUCAGGUACAGUGAAGAGCGGGGCUGGGAGCUACUGUGGCUUUGCACCGGCCUCUUCCCGCCCAGUAAUGUCCUGCUGCCGCAUGUGCAGCGCUUCUUGCAGUCCCGCAAGCACUGCCCACUUGCCCUGGACUGCCUGCAGCGGCUGCAGAGGGCACUCAGGAACGGGUCCCGGAAGUACCCCCCACAUCUGGUGGAGGUGGAGGCCAUCCAGCACAAGACCACCCAGAUCUUCCACAAGGUCUACUUCCCUGAUGACACUGACGAGGCCUUCGAGGUGGAGUCCAGCACUAAGGCCAAAGACUUCUGCCAGAACAUCGCUGCCCGGCUUCUGCUCAAGUCUUCUGAGGGCUUCAGCCUAUUUGUCAAAAUUGCUGACAAGGUCAUCAGUGUCCCUGAGAACGACUUCUUUUUUGACUUUGUUCGGCACCUGACAGACUGGAUAAAGAAAGCCCGGCCCAUCAAAGAUGGAAUAGUGCCUUCGCUCACCUACCAGGUGUUCUUCAUGAAGAAGCUGUGGACCACCACAGUGCCCGGGAAGGACCCCAUGGCAGACUCCAUCUUCCACUACUAUCAGGAGCUACCCAAGUAUCUCCGAGGUUACCACAAGUGCACGCGGGAGGAGGUGCUACAGCUGGGGGCACUCAUCUAUAGGGUCAAGUUUGAGGAGGACAAGUCCUACUUCCCCAGUAUCCCAAAGCUGCUACGAGAGCUAGUUCCCCAGGACCUCAUCCGGCAGGUUUCCCCUGACGACUGGAAGCGGUCCAUUGUCGCCUACUUCAACAAGCAUGCGGGGAAGUCCAAGGAAGAGGCCAAGCUGGCCUUUCUGAAGCUCAUCUUCAAGUGGCCCACCUUUGGAUCGGCCUUUUUUGAGGUGAAGCAAACCACGGAGCCAAACUUCCCUGAGAUACUCCUAAUUGCCAUCAACAAAUAUGGCGUCAGCCUCAUUGAUCCCAGAACCAAGGAUAUCUUGACCACACACCCCUUCACCAAGAUCUCUAACUGGAGCAGUGGCAACACCUACUUCCACAUCACCAUUGGGAACCUGGUUCGUGGCAGCAAACUGCUCUGUGAGACAUCACUGGGCUACAAGAUGGAUGACCUGCUGACUUCCUACAUUAGCCAGAUGCUCACAGCCAUGAGCAAACAACGGGGCACCAGGAGCAGCAAGUGAACAGAAAGAAGUGGCAGUGGCACCCUAUCUGCUCUCAACUCAAAAGCUACCUCUUCAUCUUGGGGGAGACCUCUGAUGCUUCCUCCAGCAAGGUGGUCUUUCUGGGUUGAAGAAACUCCUUCCACCCCCCUGUGGCACCUAAGUUGACUCUAGUCCUCAGAUGCUUUCUUUCACCAGGUCAGCCCUACUGUGCAGACUUCUCUGACUUUCUUGUAUCACUGGGACCAUAACUUGAGGACGGCACAGUUCUGGGGACAACAAAGCCAAGGUGCAUAUCGACUUAAGACACUGGCUUAAUUCCCUAAGGCCAGACUCCUCAGCUGGAGUAAGGUGACAGACUGUUUCCCCAAAUUGCAGUGUGAGUGCCUGCCCCAGCAUUGCCUAACCACCUCAGGGCAUAAAGCAUGUGUUUCAUC